AUGUCUAGACCAGCACAGGCGACAACGUAUGGAAAACGAGCGGCCAUGUGGACUGCAGAUUUACUGGCUGAUUUGAAAUCUCUGACAGACAUUCGAUCAAAUCUAAGACUUAAAGGACUAAAGGGGGCAACUGGGUCUCAAGACAGCUAUUUGUCAAUACUUGAUGAUACUUUUAAAGUUCUUAAUUACGCUAUAAUUAAGGUCAAAUCAUUGGAAGAAAAACUAGUCAGUGUAUUUGACUUUGUCGGGUUGUAUUUCUAUGUAAGUAAUAGUGCAUAUGUCGUGACUGGUCAGACCUAUAGUCGUAAGCAAGAUGUGAUGAUAUUAAAUGGCCUUGCAAGUCUUGGUGCAUCCAUCCACAAGAUUUGUACAGAUAUUCGACUACUGGCACACGACAGAGAAUUAUCGGAGCCAUUUGGAGAUGAACAGAUUGGUAUCUAUUUGUGA